AUGGCCGCCAAUGGAGAGAUCAACGGUGUGGCACCGCCGCACACCAAGUUCGAUACAAUCCUUGUUCUCGACUUCGGGUCACAAUACACUCAUUUGAUCACGAGGAGGCUACGCGACAUGAACAUUUACUCGGAAAUGCUGCCAUGUACCCAGAAGGUCUCAGAGCUGGCUUGGAAGCCUAAGGGUAUUAUCUUAUCCGGUGGUCCAUACUCUGUCUACGCCGACGAUGCGCCUCACGUCGAUGCCGAUAUCUUCAAGCUAGAUGUUCCAAUCCUUGGGAUAUGCUACGGGUUGCAAGAGAUCGCUUGGCACUUUGGCAAGAAUGUUGCCGCUGGAGAGAAGAGAGAGUAUGGCAAGACGCAGCUGAAGGUGGAGAGGUACAACAAAGGAGGCGUAGAUCACCUGUUCGAUGGACUGGAAGAGGGUCUUGAGGUGUUCAUGUCACACGGCGACAAGCUCUCCAAAUUGCCCGAGAACUGGGUCACCAUUGCGUACACUUCGAGUGCACCGUACGCCGGAAUCGCCCACGAGAGCAAGCCUUACUAUGGCAUUCAGUUCCAUCCAGAGGUCACUCACACGCCAAAAGGUACACAAGUGAUCAAGAACUUCGCGGUCGAGAUCUGCAAGGUCAAGCAAGACUGGUCAAUGGGCGACUUCAAAGAUCAAGAGAUUGCACGUAUUCGAGGAUUGGUGGGUGACAAGGGUCAGGUGAUUGGCGCUGUGUCUGGUGGUGUUGACUCAUCGGUUGCUGCAAAGCUCAUGCAAGCAGCCAUUGGUGACCGAUUCCAUGCAAUCAUGGUCGACAAUGGAUGCCUGCGCAUGGACGAGGCCAAGAAAGUUGAGAAGACGCUGAAGGAAGGACUUGGCGUCAACCUCGAGGUUGUGGAUGCCAGCGACUUGUUCCUUGGUCGUUUGGCAGGCGUCUCAGACCCUGAGAAGAAGCGAAAGAUCAUUGGCAACACGUUCAUCGACCUCUUUCAACAGCGGGCGAAGGAGAUUGCGGCAGCGGCAGAGAACACUGACCGAGCCGGCAAGAUCGAAUGGUUCCUCCAGGGCACACUGUAUCCAGAUGUGAUCGAAUCCAUCUCGUUCAAGGGACCCAGCGCAACGAUCAAGACUCACCACAACGUUGGUGGUCUGCCAGAGAAGAUGGACCUUAAGCUCAUCGAGCCACUACGAGAGCUCUUCAAGGAUGAGGUACGCAAGCUCGGAACAGAGCUCGGCAUUCCUGAUGAGCUCGUCUGGAGACACCCCUUCCCAGGUCCAGGUCUUGCCAUUCGCAUCAUCGGAGAAGUCACCAAAGAACGCAUUCGCAUUGCUCAGGAAGCCGACGAGAUCUGGAUUGGUGAGAUUCGUAAGGCUGGGUUCUACAGAGAGAUCUCCCAAGCGUACGCAGCCGUUCUUGGUGUCAAGUCUGUCGCUGUGGUAGGUGAUCAACGUCUACACGGAGAGAUCAUCCACUUGCGCGCCGUGCAGACCACAGACUUCAUGACCGCCAACGUGUUCCGAGGUGCUCCAAUGGACUGGUUCUGCGAUGUCGCCGACAAGAUUGCCAACGAGGUUGCUGGUGUCGCUCGUGUAGUCUACGAGACGACAAGUAAGCCUCCUGCUACGAUCGAGCUGGAGUAG